AUGGCGGCCCCCCAGAGGGCCGGAGCGCCCCUUCUCUGGAGAGGCCUGGGCAGUUCCCGAGCCAGAGCGCAGUCUGCUCUGUGGCGCCCAGAGAAGCGUCGCUCUUGCUGGUCUUUCCCCAUGGGGCAGAAGCCGAAGGGGACUUUCACGAGGGCGUCCUCCUACCUGCUGCAGCAGCUCAUCCGCCGCUCUCAGGAGUCGGACGCGGACGGAGACGAGGAGCAGGGCGAGGGCGAGGGCGAGUCCGAGGAGUCCUCAGAGUCCGAAAUGCAGCCUCUGGAGGAGGAGUUUGAUGGGGUCCUGCGAGAGGAAGCUGUGGCUGAUGGCCUCCACCAGCUGGGGCGCUCAGGGGCUGGGACUGAGCAUGUCUACCUCAAUCUAACCUUAUCCGGUUGUGAUUUAAUUGACGUUAGCAUUCUCUGUGGAUACGUUCACCUACAGAAACUGGAUCUUUCUGUAAAUAAAAUUGAAGAUUUGUCUUGUGUGAGCUGUAUGCCUUAUCUUCUGGAACUUAAUGCUUCUCAAAAUAAACUGACUACAUUCUUCAAUUUCAAGCCACCCAAAAAUCUCAAGAAGGUGGAUUUUUCCUCCAACCAGAUUUCUGAAAUGUGCGACUUAUCAGCAUACCAUGCCCUCACAAAACUAAUUUUGGACAACAACGCAAUAGAAGAAAUCGGUGGACUAGAGAUGUGCUACAGUCUAACACACCUUAGUUUGGCCAACAACAAGAUCACAGAAAUUAAUGGCUUAGCCACAUUACCCAUCAAAAUACUGUGUCUGAGCAAUAACCAGAUUGAAAAGCUCACGGGUUUAGAAGACCUGAAAGCCCUACAGAAUCUGGAUCUGUCCCACAACCAGAUAAGCAGUCUCCAGGGCUUAGAGAAUCAUGACUUUGUGGAAGUGAUCAACCUGGAAGAUAAUAAGAUCGCUGAGCUGAGUGAAAUAUAUUACAUUGAAAAUCUACCUAUCCUUCGAAUUCUGAAUCUCCUAAGAAAUCCAAUUCAGGAAAAAUCUGAAUAUUGGCUCUUCGUAAUUUUUACACUGCUACGAUUAACAGAAUUAGAUCUAAAGAAGAUUAAAGUGGAAGAAAAGGUUGCCGCAGUGAAUAAAUACGACCCUCCCCCUGAAGUGGUCGCAGCCCGGGAUCACCUGACGCAUGUUGUCAACAGCAUGAUGCACCCACAGAGGAUCUUUGACAGCACUCUGCCCAGCCUGGACGCUCCUUACCCUAUGUUGGUGUUAGCUGGUCCUCAAGCUUGUGGGAAACGAGAACUCGCCCACCGACUCUGCAGGCAGUUCAAUACUUACUUCAGAUACGGAGCCUGUCAUACCACAAGACCGCCUUACUUUGGAGAAGGGGACCGAGUUGAUUAUCAUUUUAUCUCUCAAGAAGUUUUUGAUGAAAUGCUAAACAUGGGGAAAUUCAUUCUAACAUUUAGUUAUGGUAAUCAUAAUUAUGGAUUGAAUAGAGACACUGUAGAAGGUAUCGCAAGAGAUGGUUUAGCAAGCUGUAUUCAUUUGGAAAUAGAAGGUGUAAGAAGUUUGAAAUACUGCUAUUUCGAGCCUCGCUAUGUCCUAGUGGUGCCCGUGAACAAGGAAAAAUACGAAGGGUAUUUGCGGAGAAAAGGACUAUUUAGUCGUGCGGAAGUUGAAUUUGCUGUUUCCAGAGUGGACCUUUAUGUUAAAAUUAAUCAGAAAUUCCCAGGAUACUUUGAUGCAGUAAUCAAUGCAGAUGACCUGGAUGUUGCCUAUGAGAAGCUGAGUCAGCUCAUCAGAGACUACCUGGGAUUGACAGAGGGACCUGCCAAAAGUUUGGCUCCAGCUGCAGAUGUUCAGAAGUCUUACCUGAAGUCAGAAGAGCCUCCCAGGAAGAUGACUGUUUCAAAUACGAAUGAUUUCCAGGACUCCACAGACAGGAACUACUUUGUUAAAUUAUGGCCCAAACUUUCAGCCAAAAAAACACCAGUGGAAAAAGAGUCUGUCCACAGACAACAUGAGACAGCCCGGCAAGCCCUCAUGGGAAAGACACCCCCUGAUCACAUAUUCCUGUUUCAAAGGGGUCUGGUGCCAGUACCUGUACGCGGUAUUACAAAUUUAGAAGAUCUAAAGAGAAGUUUUGAUCUUUGUGAAGAUUAUCUUAAACCUCCCUUUGGAUCAUAUCCUGAAAAGAGUGACAAGGAUACCUCCAUCUCCAUAAAGUACCCUGCAUUAUUUCGGUCUUUUCCAUGGUCCAAAGAACUGCCUUUUCAGCUCCCAGAGGGCAGCAUUUCUUCACGUCCAGGAUCAGGAGUAAGUGAUAGUGAGGCGGAUCAGGCCUUAAAAGCACUGUGUUUGCAAAAAUCAUUUUCACAUGAAGAAGAGUCUGUCCAACAUAGAAGACACUCAGUCACAUCCAUCAGUCGCCCAGGUUCCAACACCAAACCGACCCUGCCUCCAAUCCCUCAUGGCCGCAAAUGGACUAGUGGUUGAUAUCCGAUCUUAACGUGGGGAACUUGCCCUGAGAAUGUCCAGUCCCUUGUUUUUCCUGGCCGUGGAUUCCAGCUGUUUCUCACUCAACCAACUACCUACGAAACAAUGUUCCACCUGCCUUAAUUCUCUCAAUUUCUUUUGUGAUUCUCUACGUAGUGUCUUUUAUUUCUUUUUCUUUUUUUAUUAAAUGUGGGUUGUUCCUAGCUUUUAAAAUUCCAAUUUUUUCUGUAUCUAUAAAUGAUUUUUCCAGCUGUUUCCUGCUUUGAAAUAUCUGAAGUCAAAAUCUUCUCGAUCUUGGCUUUGCUCUGCCUGAAGUGAU